UUUACAUAUCACCCCGCCUUAUCUGGAAAGUAAAUGAGUCAAUUCGAUGGAGGGGCAUUGGAAUUCAAAAGCUUCAAAAAUUUCAUAUCAAACCCCUCCAUCUCCAUUGUCACUUGACGCUAAAAUCCCAGUUCUCAAAACCUUAUUUCUCUGCGACCCUAUCCGAGUCGCAGCUAAAUAAAAGGUCAUCAAGCUGUCACUACUUCGCGCUAUUCGCCCUCUUUCACGAGGCAUAAUCUCUUUCCGGACUUUCACCAUGGCCGCCCUUGAUUCCCAGAAGCUAACUCCCACCGAGGAGGCUGAGGUUCAACAAUGGAUUACCACCUCGGAGCGGUUGAAGAGCUCGCCGUCGGACACGUCUAUCCUUGAGAAGCUCAACUCUCACCUAACUUCCCGAACCACCCUUCUCGGUACCAAGCCCUCUAAGGCUGACGUCGCCAUCUACGAGUCCCUAGCUCCUACCGUUAAGUCGUGGACCCCUGAGCAGCGAACCGGCGAACAAGGUCACCCCCAUAUCCUCCGCCACCUCGACUUUGUCCAGAACUCUGGCGUCUUUGGUCUGAAUGUGAACGAUCCGGACAAGAUCAAGGUUGACCUUGACGAGAUCCUCUACGUCAAGCCGCCCGUCGACGCCAAGGCCGAGAAGGAGCGCUUAAAGAAGGAGAAAGCCGCCGCCGCCGCUGCUGCUGAGACGUUAGUUGACCGAACCAAGGCAGCGGCCGACGCAGUCAAGGAUGCAGUCGUCGAAGCCGGUAGCAUGGCCGCUGCCGCAGUGGGCAUUGCUACCGAGAAGCCUAAGAAGGAGAAGAAGGAGAAGGCUCCCAAACCCCAAAAGGCUCCGGCUGUUACUACGCCCCCGUCGCCCCACCUGAUCGAUCUCCGAGUAGGUCACAUUCUGAAGGCCAUCAAGCACCCGGAAGCCGACAGUCUGUUUGUUUCCACGAUUGCCAUGGGUGACAAGCCCGGAACCGAGGAUACCACCGAGUACGAAGGCCAGGUCUGCCGGACUGUCUGCUCCGGUUUGAACGGGUUGAUUCCUCUAGAAGAGAUGCAAAACCGCAAGGUGGUUGUAGUCGCCAACCUGAAGCCCGUCAAGAUGAGGGGAAUUAAGUCAUGCGCCAUGGUCCUAGCUGCGUCGCCGAAGCUGAAGGAGGGCGAGGUGGACGAUCACAAGGGACCCGUCGAGCUGGUUACUCCGCCUCCUGACGCGAAGACCGGUGAGCGCGUGUGCUUUGACGGAUGGUUGGGCGAGCCCGAGGGUGUUCUCAACCCCAAGAAGAAGGUUUGGGAGACAUUCCAGCCUGGAUUCACUACAACGGACAACUUAGAAGUUGCCUUCGACGGUCGCCUGGUCAAGGAGGCUGGUAAGGAAGAAGUAGGAAAGCUAAUUACGGCUAGUGGAGGCGUGUGCACAGUCCCAAGUUUAAAGGGGGCUACAGUACGAUAAUGGCGAAAUUUACACAGUGGUCUAGAAAUCAAAAAAUUAAGCUGCAUUGAAAAAGCUACAGACUACACUACAUUUCUUUUCCCCUCAGUUCCUUAGAUCUUCCUCGCAUACUUAAUUCUCAAGAGAAGUGGGCGUGUUCCACGGCGGGGUCUCGAUUGUCUCGGAUGUAAUGGUAGGCGUACCAGCACAUCCGGUCGUGUAAGUGAUCCAUUCAGUGGGGAUAGGGCAAGGGUCGCAAGUCGGACACGCGCCGUUAGCUACAUACGAUGUUGACGUUGUCGGGCAGCAGUCCGUAGAGCAUGGCACGGUGACGCUUGAGACCUUGAUGUA